AUGGACCCAUUUGCAUUAGUUGCGGUUAAAUUCAAAGAAUUCGGUAAUUUCACCCAGGACGUCGUUGAUGGCAUAUUUCGAUGGCAGCAAAACUUCAACCGCCGGAAACCGAUUGAAAUCUUGAAGCGGUUGCAGAGAGAAGCAUUCUCGGACAUUAUGAAGCUGAGAGAUAGACAAGAUAAGGUGGAGCGAAUGCUGUCAUUUUAUAACUCUUCAAAAGGAAAUCUCUUCCAGGGUGCCUCCACUCAAGUUAGAGGCAGUAUGGAUAUGGUUGGGGCGAUGUUUUUGAUGGACAGUACUGAUGAUCAGCGAGUCAAAAUGAUUGAAACAUCAGGUAUUCAGACUGGUCUUGAUUUAAGGCUGGUGUUUGAAACUACAAUACGCCAGAAAGAUAUGCUAGUUGCAGAAUGUUUAGCUGAUGGGAAAUUCCAAAACAGCAUUGUAGAAAGGCCACUCUCCUUAUCGAGGGUUCUCUAUGCUGCAAAUGUCAGUGAUUGGUUUUCUGCUGUUGCCAUCCCGUUGGGUGCUCGAUGCAAGGACCUGGGAGUUGCUAUGACUUCUUCAAUUGAGGAAAAGGGUUUUUCAGAGUAUUCAGCAUAUGCCCCGUCAUUCCUGAAUCAAAAGAAUGGUUGUGCUCUUGGCGUAAUGGUUAAAAAAUCAAACAUUGUUGCUUCGCUGGGUCAAUUUGUUUCUGAACUAGGAUCGCAACAAACUUCUGGAACUGCGCGUUGCUUUAGCACUUUUGGACAAGUAGUCUAUCAGUUAACUCAAGGUACCAAACUCUCUGUGUUGGGCUUGCACAAAAUGCCUAAGUUGGCAACUCAAAGAUUGAAUCUUGGAGCAAUGACCCUUCCUGUGGGCAGUUUAAGGCCAAGUAAUUCUGAGAGAGCUGUUGAGUUGGACUAUGAUCUAGAGGUUGGAACAUCUAAGAAGGAAGAUCUGUUGGAUGGAUCUCUGGCGCUGAUGAUCGAAUCUGAGCUUGAUGAGACUACGAGAAUCGGUGGUUGGAUUGAGAUUAAGCGUGCAAAUAACAGACAUUUACAGUGGGCUGUUACCAUGUCUGACAUUCCUGAAGAUGAUAUUGGCUGGGGCAUAAACUUGAGGGGUCUGUUACAAGGUCCAAGGAGUUGGGAUCAUUUUCAGGCAGAAGCAUUCGUAAAUUUUAGUUUAAGUGAGCGAUUUAGAGUUCAACCAACUGUUGUAUACUUGGCAGAUGGAAAUUCCCAUAUUCCAGGCAUCAUGUUGCGUUCAAGUUGGUCACUUUAA